CUUACUUGAAGAAGGAUCAAAGGGACUUUAGCCGCCAGACUUCACCUGUGUGCUAUCUAUAGAGCAUUAGAUAAUGACCUGACUUCAGAGGCUUCUCAGGCAGGUCAUGUGACCAGCAGCUUUGACGUCACUGUGGGAGGCAGUUUGGUGCUCUGAACUAAGCUGCGAGUGAGUCUUGUGGAGUGUUUCGUUGGAGCUGCUGGUUGCAUCAAAGCUUGUUCCUGAUACCUGUGGCUGCAAACCAACACCGAGGCAACCAAACGCCUCUUCCCUGUGGAGCUCCCCGGGUUAUGGCCAUCUAAAAUCUUACAGUACAACAACACAACAACCACCUGAGAAAAAACAACUCAUAAAGGUUUGGACCUACUUGAGGCUGAAUCCAGAGCAUCGACAUGGGAAAACAGAACAGCAAGCUCCGUCCCGAGGUGAUCCAGGACCUGCUGGACAACACAGAUUUCACCGAGCAUGAGAUCUUGGAGUGGUACAAGGGUUUUCUGCGGGACUGUCCCAGCGGGGCGCUCAGCAUGGAGGAGUUCAAGAAGAUCUACGGCAACUUCUUCCCUUACGGAGACGCAUCGAAGUUCGCAGAGCACGUCUUCCGAACCUUCGACGCCAAUGGAGAUGGGACAAUAGAUUUCAGAGAGUUCAUCAUUGCGCUGAGCGUCACAUCACGCGGCCGCUUGGAUCAGAAGCUCAAAUGGGCCUUCAGUAUGUACGAUCUGGACGGCAACGGAUACAUCAGCAAGGCGGAGAUGCUGGAGAUUGUGCAGGCCAUCUACAAGAUGGUAUCUUCUGUGAUGAAAAUGCCAGAGGACGAGUCCACACCUGAGAAGCGCACAGACAAGAUCUUCCGUCAAAUGGACACAAAUCGUGAUGGUAAGCUGUCGCUUGAGGAGUUUGUAGAGGGCGCAAAGAACGACCCAUCCAUCGUGCGACUUUUGCAGUGUGACCCAAGCAGCGCCGGCCAGUGAAUCGAAAGCACAGUCUCCCAACAGUCAUAACCUCUAUUACACAAAUCAUUCUGUCCCAUCUCCUUUUGAACAUCAACAGAGCCUGGACUCCAAAACUACACCCCCUUACUCAGUGUCUGAGGAUUUCACACUGAUGUUUUUUGUUUUAGGGUAACUGACAAACAGAGAUUGCGGACAUUAAGAUGUGUCUCUCGGUCCUUUGAAUUACUCUUAUAAGGCUUUUUUUUUGCUAACAACACAAAAGGCAGUGAUGUAAUUGGCAUCACUUAUUGUCUUGUUAAUUUUUGGGAUUGAAAUCAACCCUUUAAAAGGGCUCUAAAUAUAAACAGAGGUUGCCUGAGAUGGAGCUGAAGCGAAAAUUUUCCAAGCACGCAAAAAAUGCACAGAAUGAUAAAGUAACACUUUGUCAAUAACCAUAGCUUAUUUAAUAAUUAUUAUUUUUAAGAAUUUACUAAAUUAAGUCAUUUUACGCAUAUAUUAACGAAUAUCAUUCCUAAGGGUUCCUAGUGUUUCAAUUACAUUCAGCACAUACAUUUAUUUAUGAGAAGCACUUGGGCGUUUUUUUUUUACUUGAAGUGUUUUUCCAACAUUUAUUGCAUUAUGUCAGAGAGCCUGUGCUAGAUAUUCUUAAAGGGGUAUAUUUUGUCAUGAUGGUGCUCCUUUUAUGAGCAUCCGUAUAAUCGUUAAAAUAAAAACACACACACUUUUUUAAACUUUAAUACUCGCUGCAUACUGUAGGACUGACUAACCGUAUAGUUGAACGAUAUCAUUAAGCAAAGAACUAUUUUCAUAGGGACAAAUAUAAUAUCAAUCCUGCUGCUUCAAAAGAGAGAAACAUGAAAAAGUAUUAGGAAAAAAAUGUAGAUAUAAUUUAUGGUGGAGUGGUACAAAUUUAUCACAUCACAAAAAAAAACUAUCAUUGAAAUGACGUUUUCUUUUAUUUCAAAUAAUCCUUUGUACAGUAAAAGCCAACAUAGGCUCAUUCAGAAAACAUAGCCCUUUAUACAGGAUGUUUCUGGAGAUUGUGACUUAAGUAGCCAGAGCUACGUAUGGCUGCAUUUCUUAAAACGAACGCUGUACAGGACGGUAUGACGCGGUUCCUUUACUCGCUUAAGUUACCAGCUGAAUGCUUACCUCCAUAUGGACGCCAUUUCCGCUGUUACCAGUUUGUCCGGUAACUCGACACUUACAACAGGGGUCGAGUCGGGUGAAAAACAAUUCCAGAAAGCAGGUAAGAUGAAAAACAAAGCCAAAAAAUGAAAUAAACAAGUAAAUAAUUGAGUGAGAACGUAGUCCAAUCUGAAAACGAGGCAAAAAUCAGGCGAGGGCUUUUCUUUUUCGGGAUUGCUUUUCAAAACACUGCGGUUUGGUUUAGGGAAGUGGUAGACGGGUCAAUCGGCGCUGUUUAAGUCAGUCAGUCAACAGCGGCCUCUAGUGGAUUAAUGUGAGAACAGCAGGCGUGAAUGGCACUCGCAAGAGAAAUGUGAGAUCUGAAAAAGCGUACACAGCGGCCUCUGGCGGAUUUGCGAAAACAAAACAACCAAAAACUGCAAAAAACCCACCCCUUGGGACGUAUUUUGCUCUCUCUAGACCAGAAAUGUAUAUAAGAGUACGUUUUCAGAAUGAGCCUGGGUUGGUAUCUAUUUAGGACUGUAACAAUGAACAGCGAAGACCACACGUUUCUAUGCACAUUCACAAUAGACCAUUUACUUAUCGACCAGCCAACAGAUUCACUUCAGCUUAUUAUAGGCACACUUUCCAGACGCAGAUUCAGUCAAAUCUCUGACCACACCAUCAGCUGUCAAAUAAAAAGUACAUAUUUUAGAUGUACCUCAAGACGAAUUGAAUGUUGUUUGGCUUAGAAAGCUGAAACUUGACUGAAAUCUUGGUAUCCGGUUCUUAUAUAUCAUGGGAAACAGCUUAAAUCAGUUUGCACGUUCUACAUGUGGGUCUGCACCUCAAACUGAAUGUAUUUUCUUCAUUUACUGGUACGUUCUGUACAUUUCAGGAUGUGUGUAUGUGGUGCUUUUUUCAUGUGUAUUCAGUGUUUGUCUAUGCAUGUAUUUUGACCAGCACUUGAGUUUAAAAAAGAAAAGAAAUACUGUCGGUGACUUUUGGAGGAUAUUAAUGUGUACGAUUAUUUCUGCACAACCUCAGGGUUAGAAGUGGUUUGAAAGUGCAAGUGUAAAUGAUGGCAUAUGUAUUUUUGUGUGUCAUGCAAAUCAGUAGUCUAUUAUAUAAAUACACAAACACUCGCUCACAUGCAAACCACGUCAUAUUUGUAAGAUGGAUAGCCAUUAUAAGCUUUCUGUGGUUUCCACUGAAGUUGCUGUGAAGUCAAGGUUGUAAUGAUCAAAUUUAUUUAAGCCAUUAGAACAACUUGUGAAGGAGCUUAAUAUUAAAACUAAUCACUGCUGAUGAGUUUUGUAUUUUUAAUUCUCCUUCUUUAUUAAAAGAUAUAUAUAUAUUCUUCAUUUCUAAACCCCACGAGACAGCAACAUGUGGUCAAGUGCCAAACACAGGUAAAUAUAUAUGGCAAACCAACAGUGUUCUAUCACUUUAUGCUGUACAACUGUUAUCUGUCAAACUAAAUGUUUGUCACUUUGUAGUUUUUAUAUGGUAACCUGUACAUUGUGUGUGUAGAUAUUAUUAACGCAGGCAUCUGUUUUGAUUAUAUCAUAAAUAAAAAUCUGAAAUAAA